AAUCCUAUCAACUUUUAAAUUCUUGAACCAAAACUAGCCCAACAUCUCAUCUCCCUCCCAUAAUUACCAUUCAUCACUUCGAGGACACCACCCUCCUCGAAAACCACACCUCCCUCACCCCACACUCUCCCCGCCAUGGCGACACGCCGCAACGACCCCUCCGAGGAACCAAACAAACCCAAGUACACCACAGCCGACAACGACGACGAGUUCGCCGAGUCCGUAGAAAUGAUGUUCGAGUCCAAACAAGUGCCGCCCUGGCAGAAACAGCUCACGCUCCGAGCCUUCGUCGUCAGCUUCAUCCUGGGAAUAUUGUUCACUUUCAUUGUCAUGAAGCUGAACUUGACUACGGGGAUUAUACCUUCGUUGAAUGUCUCGGCGGGCCUGCUGGGCUUCUUCUUUGUGAAGACGUGGACCUCGUUUUUGAGCAAGAGUGGGCUGCUCAAGCAGCCCUUUACGAGGCAGGAGAAUACUGUUAUUCAGACCUGCGUUGUGGCUACUUCUGGCAUCGCCUUCUCGGGAGGCUUUGGUAGCUACCUGUUUGGUAUGAGUGAUAUUGUAGCAAAACAAUCAACCGAAGCUAAUGCUGCACAAAAUAUUAAAAAUCCUCAGCUACAUUGGAUGAUUGGAUUUCUCUUUGUUGUUAGUUUUCUUGGACUGUUCUCUGUGGUGCCGCUUCGAAAGAUAAUGAUCAUCGACUUCAAACUGAUUUACCCUAGUGGCACUGCAACUGCUCACCUAAUUAACAGCUUCCACACACCUCAGGGAGCCAGGCUAGCCAAAAAACAAGUUAAAGCCCUGGGGAAAUUCUUCUCAUUCAGCUUCGCGUGGGGCUUCUUCCAGUGGUUCUUUACUUCUGGUGAUGCCUGUGGAUUUAAAGAGUUCCCUACAUUUGGACUUGAAGCUUAUAGAAACAAGUUUUUCUUUGACUUCUCAGCAACUUAUGUUGGUGUUGGAAUGAUUUGUCCAUAUCUGAUCAAUGUAUCAUUACUACUUGGAGCAAUUCUUUCUUGGGGUAUAAUGUGGCCUCUCAUCGAGGACCGAAAGGGUCAUUGGUACCCCGCAGACCUUAGCUCAAGCAGUCUCCAUGGUUUGCAAGGGUACAAGGUAUUCAUAGCUAUAGCCAUGAUCCUUGGUGAUGGUCUCUACAAUUUCGUAAAAGUCUUGGGUCAUACUUUAUUUGGAUUGUCUCGCCAAAUUCGGACGAAAAAACCUGAAACCUUACCAGUAGAAGCUGGCGACUCUUCUGCAGAGACUUCAUCUCUGUCUUAUGAUGAUGAGCGUAGAACCCAGAUGUUCCUCAAGGACCAAAUCCCAACAUGGUUUGCAGUGGCUGGUUAUGUCACCGUUGCUGUUGUAUCUAUUGCAACUCUUCCUCAUAUAUUUCAUCAUCUAAAGUGGUACCAUGUUGCUGUUAUCUACAUUUUUGCACCAAUACUAGCCUUUUGCAAUGCUUAUGGUUGUGGUCUCACUGAUUGGUCCCUGGCUUCUACCUAUGGAAAGCUUGCAAUCUUCACAAUUGGGGCAUGGGCAGGAGCCUCCCAUGGUGGUAUUCUUGCGGGUUUGGCAGCUUGUGGAGUCAUGAUGAACAUUGUCGCCACUGCAUCUGACCUGAUGCAGGACUUCAAAACAGGUUAUAUGACCCUGGCUUCACCAAGGUCGAUGUUUGUGAGCCAAAUUAUUGGAACUGCUAUGGGUUGUGUUAUUUCUCCAUGUGUCUUUUGGCUCUUCUAUAAAGCUUUUGAUAAUCUUGGAGUCCCUGGUUCAGAGUACCCAGCCCCUUAUGCACUUGUAUAUCGCAACAUGGCAAUUUUGGGGGUUGAAGGGUUUUCAGCAUUACCAAAGAACUGUCUCAAGCUUUGUUAUGUGUUCUUCAUCGCGGCCAUUGUUGUCAAUGCCAUUAGAGAUGCUGUGGGAAAGAAGCGAGCAAAGUAUAUACCACUUCCAAUGGCAAUGGCCAUUCCAUUUUAUCUUGGGGGUUACUUUGCCAUUGAUAUGUGCGUUGGAAGUUUAAUAUUAUUUGUUUGGCAGAAGUUAAACAAGACAAAAGCUGAUGCGUUUGGCCCUGCUGUAGCUUCAGGAUUAAUUUGUGGAGAUGGGAUAUGGACUUUGCCCAGUUCAAUACUUGCAUUAGCGGGUAUAAACCCACCUAUAUGCAUGAAAUUUCUGUCGAGGCAAACAAAUGCAAAAGUUGAUGCUUUCUUAGGAUCAUAACUAUUAGAAGAAUUGUCUCCGCAUGGCUUGUAGUUUCCUCCAGUGCCAAUAGGCUUAUAAUUAUAGAUGCUUGUUUUUCCUCAAAAUAGACAAACACUAGUAUAUUUGCAUCAUAUCAAGCCUCCCCCAGAAAAAUGGGUAAGCCCCAGCUUGAAGCGUACAUAUAAUAUUUAUCUUUAUGAGUAUCAUUUGUUCUGUCAUGAAGAUUAUCAGUUGUCAAUGAACUUGGCAAUAGUUUAAAUAUUGUGUACAGGCCUACUGAUAUGGUACAAAUGAUAAUCAGUCGUACUUGUAUUUGAUAUACUUUAAGAUCAUCAGUCUUGUUCUAGUUGAA